CUUGACAUUCUCGAACGACUCGAUAAAUUUACAGAGAUGGUAGAGCGCGAAUCAGCUCUGGAGGGAACAACCCUUCACCAACUGCUCUCCAAUGACGAUAGUAAACUACUCGAUGCUAUCGAUGAGCUCCGCUCUCUCGGAAUCGGAAGAUUGCUAGAGGGGAAGGGGCUUCCGCAGAUUAUCGUCUGUGGAGACCAAUCCUCUGGCAAAAGCUCUGUUCUCGAGGCUCUCACCCGCGUACGCUUUCCGACGAAAAGCAGCACAUGUACUACCUUUCCAACUGAACUUCGCCUGCGCCGGGAGGAACAGUCUCGACUUAGCUGUCGAAUCAAAGCCGGACCCACGGUCGAUGCCGAAACCGCGAAGCGACUUUCGGAAUUCAGUCAAUCGUUCGAUGGCCCGGAGAAGUUUGCAGAUCUCGUCGCGGGUGCGCGCAAAGCCAUGAGCGGAAAUUCAGAUGACAAACUUGAAUUUUUCGACCACGUACUAGAAGUCGAGAUAAUGGGUCCAAAACUUGUCCCAUUGACGCUGGUUGACCUCCCUGGAGUUAUUCAUUAUAGCAACGCCCCAUCCGGCGCCCGAGACAUCACUCUGAUCAACGACCUGGUCGGAAAAUAUAUGGCAGAGCCAAACAGCAUCAUUCUUGCAGUCGUCUCGGCUCAUAAUGACCUCAAUCUUCAGGCUAUCCUAACGCGGAUUCAGAAAGUCAACGGAGCCACCGACCGCACGCUCGGUAUCAUAACCAAGCCGGAUGAGCUACCACGAGGGUCGGAAAAGGAACAAGAAUGUAUGGAGUACGCAUGCUCCAAUACAGCCAAGUUCAAAUACGGUUGGCACGUUGUUCGUAAUCGAUCAUUUGCAGAGCAAAGCACGUCUCUGGAAGCAAGAGAUGCACUCGAGACAGAUUUCUUUCAGAAUAGCAGCUGGAGUUCUUUGCCAAUACGUGAAGUGGGUCGUGGCAUUGAUAGCCUACGCCAGAAACUCAGCAAAAUGCUCAUUAAUCAUAUCUCGCUCAGCCUCCCAUCAAUCGUAGACCGCCUGGAGAGAGAUCUCACUCAAAGCAAGCAGGAUCUACAUAAGCUUGGGGAUGCGCGCACCACUUUCAAAGAAAUGCGCAACUACUUGUUUGACAUCUCAGACAGUUUUGGUGAAUAUACGAGGGAUGCACUUGAAGGUCGAUACCAUCGUAAGGAUUUCUUUGGCGGGACCCUAGAGCCGGAUGGUCUAGAGAAACGCUUACGAGCAAAUGUUCGCAAUCUGAACGAUUCAUUUGCUACAAAGAUGCUCGAGCAAGGGCACAAAUGGCAUGUGGUCGAAAGAUACGAUAAGAAGCUGGUUACUGGUAAUCCUCACCGUAACAUUAUCCUGAAAUCGGAGUUCCUUAAGCGUCACGUCGAUGUUAUGGCGCACCAGGAGAGGACCAUCGAACUGCCUGGAAUGUCCAAUCCAGUCUUGGUGGGCUCACUCUUCCAACAACAAUCCGAACCAUGGCAGAGUAUUGCAUCCGAGCAUCUGGACGUGGUAUGGAACUCUGUAAAAACAUUCCUGGAAACACUUUUGUAUUACUUGACCGAUGAUAGAACCAGCCGCUUACUAUUCAGCCGUAUAAUUGACCCCGCCUUGGAAGAGCGGCGCCGGGCGUUGAAAACAAAACUUGAGGAACUGCUCAUCCCGCAUCGUAAUCACCACCCUCUUAGUAUUGACCCAAAGUUUGCUCAAACGAUUUGGGCAUUACGGAAAAAGAGAGUGGCGCGGUCAGUGGUAGAAGCAAUCCACGAUGAGCUUCAAUCUGAGGAAGAUGUGCCUUCUGUUGAGGAGUUGUUGGGUAGAAUCUCGGACAUAGAUCCCGAAACUGAGAACAAGUAUGGAUCUUUGGAGAUUUACGAAGUCAUGGAAGCAUAUUACGAGUCGGCAAUUCUCACAUUCAUGAAUAACGUUGCAUCUCUAGCGAUUGAGCAAUGCUUGCUUUCCGGCGUGGCAAAGAUGCUUUCAUCAGCAACAGUAAGAGAUAUGGAAGAUGAUGAGCUUCAAGCUAUUGCUGCGGAAUCAGAUGAGACUAUGCAAGAAAGAGCUAGACUAAGCGAACGAGUGAAGACCUUGGAAAAGGGCCUUGGUAUAUUGAGAUUUCACCCUGCCUCUCGAAUGCAGAGAGUAAUACCAAAGCCGGUAACGCACGCGGGGAUAUCACCGCUAUCUGCCGAUGCACGAACCAAACAGAAGCCACCAAUGGCAGCGAAAGCACGACCUACUGACGGUCCUUUCAGUAUUCCAACCACUGAUACGACCGUUAAAAAGUCUCCUUUCCCCUCCAGCAACCAUCAAACACUAUCGUCGAUGAAAACGGAAACCUUUGCACACAGUGAACUCCCUCAGCGAGCGUUCACACCAGCGACACAGCCAGUAGCGCCGGCACCACAUCUCUUCGGGAGCCGUAAUACCUCAUCCGCUUGGGGUCCCUCCAAUGCAUCAAGUCCAGGAACUGGUCGUCUAUUCGGCCAAACUACUUCGGAAAAGCCUGCCAGCUCCACUAACAGUUCCAAUUCCCCCGGCAUAUUUGCUUCAACUUCACCUUUCAGCAAACCGACUGGUUCACCAAGCCCAUUCGGGAAGUCUGGGGGAUUUAGUUUGCCCUCAGCAGAUCAUACCGGCGGCACUAGUAGUGCCGGGGCCUUUAGCUUUUCGGAUUAUAAUCGCACGGCAUCGUCAGUGUUUAGUGGUGAUACACCUAAAGGUACGCCUUCUUCAUUUAUCCCUCAUAUCGACAAUACCCCCUGGGGAAAAGAGAUGUUGGACAGUGUUACUGCCCUUCCUGCUUAUCGGAACAUGUCGCUCGAGGAACUUAGGCAUGAAGAUUACGCGCUGGGCCGCCAACGGGUAGUGCAGUGA